AUGAAUAUUGGAUCCAGUAGUGGUGUAAAUCCCAGGGGUGAUGUGGAACAUGAUCCAUCUGAUCCUCCUUUAUUAAGAGAAAGGUUACCUUCCAGAUUGGAUAUUUUAUCAAAUGGAUUAAAAUUAGAUAUAAGAGCUCAUCAAAGAACUUAUGAAGGAGCUUAUACUAGAACUUCUGUGGGGUGUUUAGCCUUUAGUUUAUUGAUUGUUAAGAUCUUUUCGUCAGAAUUUUUGCCUGUGGGCAUGAUAUAUACUAUUUAUGGCUCAGUUUUGUUUGUUUUUGGACUUUACAAAAGUAGAUCGGUUGAUUAUUACUAUAAUCCAGAGAAAGAUAAGCAUUUUUAUAGAACGAGUGGUAAUUCCGUUAUGUUGAUUACCAUAGUUAGUUUGGCUUGUUACAUAAGUUUAUUAAUUCUCAUAUUGAAGAUGUGA